UCCUGGGGCCGCCCCAAAGCGAGGAAGGAGGGCCAAGCGGGGCUGCGCGCAAGGCGACUCCCUCUCCGCCCCUUGCAGCACCACCGCCUUCGCCAAGGGCUGGGUGGGGGAAAGAGGGCUCCUCUCCCUUCCCCCUCUUUCGGGGGGCUUAGCCGGGCGCCAGUCUCCCCCUUUUCCGCCAGGGGAGGGGAGGGGAGGGCCUUGCGGAGGCGAAGAGGGAGGAGGAAGGAGCCUCCCCCCCCCUCCUCCUUUUACGCACGCCUCAGGUUGGCCGAGGAUGCCUGCUCUUUCUCUCGCCGCCGUUCCCUGAGCCGAGAGGCGAGCCGGGUUUGUUCUUUUCCCCGCUGCUUUCCUCGGGGUGGCAAGGGCGGGAGGAGCAGCGGCGGCUCCUCCUGGUCGCACGUCCGAGUUGGCCGGGAAACGGAGGGGGAGCCGCGGAGGAAUGUGCCUUCCUGCAAACGGGGGAAGCUAUGGAGGCGCCGGGAAAGCUCUGCCUGAAGUGCUGGGAAAUCCUUCCCGAAACGCAGUGAGGAUGAGUUGAAAAGCAAGGACCGAGGAUUGUAUUUCUAUCCUGAGGAGUGGCAGCUAUCAUGACUGUCUUCAGGCAAGAGAACCUGGAUGAUCACUAUGAGAUCGGAGAGGAACUUGGCAGUGGGCAGUUUGCCGUAGUAAGGAAAUGCCGCGAGAAGAGCACCGGUGCCCAAUAUGCUGCAAAAUUCAUCAAGAAACGAAGAACGAAAUCCAGUCGUAGAGGAGUGAGUCGAGAGGACAUUGAACGAGAAGUGAACAUAUUAAAAGAAAUCCAACAUCCCAAUGUGAUCACACUGCAUGAUGUUUACGAAAGUAAAAUGGAUGUAAUCCUUAUUCUGGAACUUGUUGCAGGAGGGGAACUCUUUGAUUUUCUAGCUGAAAAGGAAUCCCUGACUGAAGAGGAAGCUACAGAGUUUCUCAAGCAAAUCCUUAAUGGUGUUAACUAUCUCCACUCUUUGCAAAUUGCACACUUUGAUCUCAAGCCUGAAAACAUAAUGCUGCUGGAUAGAAAUGUACCAAAGCCUCGCAUCAAGAUUAUUGACUUUGGCUUAGCACACAAAAUAGACUUUAGCAACGAGUUCAAGAACAUUUUUGGGACUCCUGAAUUUGUUGCUCCUGAAAUAGUCAACUAUGAACCUCUGGGUCUUGAGGCAGAUAUGUGGAGCAUAGGAGUAAUAACUUAUAUUCUCCUGAGUGGUGCAUCACCAUUUCUUGGAGAAAGUAAACAAGAAACAUUAGCAAAUGUGUCUGCAGUGAACUAUGACUUUGAGGAAGAAUUUUUCAGUAAUACCAGUGCGCUAGCUAAAGAUUUUAUAAGAAGACUUUUAAUUAAAGACCCAAAGAAGAGAAUGACCAUUCAAGAUAGCUUACAGCAUCCCUGGAUCAAGCCUAAAGAUACCCUUCAAGCACUUAGUAGAAAAGCAUCAGCAGUCAAUAUGGAGAAGUUUAAAAAGUUUGCAGCACGAAGGAAAUGGAAGCAAUCUGUGCGCUUAAUAUCACUAUGCCAAAGAUUAUCAAGAUCCUUUUUGUCCAGAAGUAACAUGAGCGUGGCUAGGAGCGAUGACACUCUGGAUGAGGAAGAUUCAUUUGUAAUGAAAGCCAUCAUACAUGCCAUCAAUGAUGACAAUGUUCCUGGUCUCCAGCACCUUUUGGGGUCUUUAACCAAUUAUGACAUCAAUCAACCAAACAAGCAUGGGACACCACCGUUUCUAAUUGCAGCCGGAUGUGGGAAUGUUCAGAUGCUUCAGUUAUUCCUGAAGCGAGGUGCUCGGAUUGAUGUCCAAGAUAAGGCAGGAUCUAAUGCAAUCUAUUGGGCAUCUCGACAUGGUCAUGUAGAAACCCUGAAAUUUCUCCAUGGAAGUAAAUGCCCUUUGGAUGUCAGAGACAAGUCUGGAGAAACCGCUUUGCAUGUGGCAUCUCGGUAUGGUCAUGUGGAUGUGGUUCACUACUUGUGUGGCAUUGGAUCAAAUCCAGAUUUUCAAGAUAAGGAAGAAGAAACACCUUUGCACUGUGCUGCUUGGCAUGGUUACUACCUUGUUACCAAAGCACUGUGUAUGGCAGGCUGUAAUGUGAACGUUAAAAAUAGAGAAGGGGAAACCCCACUCUUGACAGCGUCAGCAAGAGGCUACCAUGAUAUUGUGGAAUGUUUGGCAGAGCAUGGCGCCGACCUUGAUGCAACUGACAAGGAUGGACACAUAGCUCUUCACCUGGCAGUCCGAAGAUGUCAGAUGGAAGUGGUUAAAACACUCCUCAGCCAGGGAAGCUCUAUAGAUUUCCAAGACAGACAUGGGAACACUCCUCUCCAUGUAGCCUGCAAAGAUGGAAACAUGCCCAUAGUGAUGGCACUCUGUGAAGCAAAUUGCAACAUAGAUGUCACUAAUAAGUAUGGGCGAACACCUCUACAUCUGGCAGCAAACAAUGGCAUUCUUGAUGUGGUCCGGUACCUCUGUCUCAGCGGAGCCAAUGUAGAAGCUUUAACUUCUGAUGGAAAAACAGCAGAAGAUUUGGCUAGAGCCGAGCAGCAUGAACAUGUGGCCAGCCUGCUUACAAGGCUUAAAAAGGAUACACACAGAACAAUGUUCAUCCACCAACUUAGACCUACUCAUAAUCUGCAACCAAGGAUAAAACUUAAACUCUUUGGCCAUUCAGCAUCUGGGAAAACAGCUCUGGUAGAGUCCUUGAAGUGUGGUCUUUUGAGAAGCUUUUUCAGAAGGCGCAGACCAAGGCUUUCUUCUACAAACUCAGUCAGGUUUCCUCCUUCACCAUUAUCUAAUAGGCCAACAGUUUCAGUAAGUAUUACCAACCUGUAUCCUGGCUGUGAGAAUGUGAGUGUCAGAAGCCGAAGCAUGAUGUUUGAGCCAGGCCUGACCAAAGGGAUGCUGGAAGUGUUUGUUUCGCCCUCUCACCAUUCCCACUGCUCAGCAGACGAUCAGUCAACCAAGGCCAUUGACAUUCAGAAUGCUUACUUGAAUGGAGUCGGUGACUUUAGUGUGUGGGAAUUCUCUGGGAAUCCUGUGUAUUUCUGCUGCUACGAUUAUUUUGCUGCAAAUGACCCCACCUCAGUUCACAUUGUGCUUUUUAGUCUUGAAGAGCCCUAUGAGAUCCAAUUGAACCAAGUGACCUUUUGGCUUAGUUUCCUUAAAUCCCUUGUCCCAGUUGAAGAAUCUAUAGCAUUUGGAGGAAAGCUGAAAAAUCCUUUGCACGUGGCCCUGGUGGCUACCCAUGCGGACAUUGUCAAUCUUCCACGUUCUCCUGCAGGAGAGUUCCUAUAUGACAAGGAUUCUUCACUUAUGAAAGAAAUUAGGAAUAGGUUUGGAAAUGACCUCCAUAUUUUGGAUAGAUUAUUUAUUUUGGAUGCUGGUGCAUCUGGAUCAAAAGAUAUGAAGAUUCUCCGAAAUCACCUUCAAGAAUUGCGUGGUCACAUUAUCUCUACAUGUCCACCUAUGACUCACUUGUGUGAAAAAAUCAUCUCUACCUUGCCAUCCUGGAGAAAAAUGAAUGGACCCAACCAACUCAUGUCAUUGCAGCAGUUUGUGUAUGAUGUGCAAGAUCAGCUUAAUCCAUUAGCAAGUGAAGAUGAACUAAGACAUAUAGCCCAACAGUUGCACAGUAUAGGAGAAAUCAAUAUCAUGCAGAGUGAAACUGUCCAAGAUGUUGUCCUACUGGAUCCUCGUUGGCUGUGUUCAAAUGUCCUUGGAAAACUUCUGUCGGUAGAAAACCCUAAAGCUCUCCACCAUUAUAGAGGUCGGUAUACAAUAGAAGACAUUCAGCGCUUGAUACCAGACAGUGAUAUAGAAGAACUUAUACAAAUCUUGGAUGCUAUGGAUAUCUGUGCCAGAGAUCUCAGCAGUGGGACAAUGAUUGACAUCCCUGCCUUGAUCAAGACUGAUAGUCUCCAUAGAUCUUGGGCUGAUGAAGAGGAUGAAGUUAUGAUUUAUGGUGGUGUAAGAAUUGUUCCUGUGGAACACCUAACGCCGCUUCCUUGUGGAAUUUUCCACAAAGUUCAGGUGAAUCUGUGUAGGUGGAUUCAUCAACAGAGCACAGAGGGAGAUGCAGAUAUACGUCUUUGGGUAAAUGGAUCGAAGAUUAUGAACCGUGGAGCCGAGCUCCUUGUAUUACUUGUCAACAAUGGUCAAGGAAUUGAAGUUCAAGUUAGAGGCCUGGAAACAGAGAAGAUCAAAUGCUGCUUGUUCCUAGACUCGGUGUGCAGCACCAUUGAUAAUCUAAUGGCCACAACAUUGCCAGGUCUCUUAACAGUCAAACAUUAUCUCAGCCCUCAGCAACUGAGGGAACAUCAUGAACCAAUAAUGAUCUACCAGCCAAGAGAUUUUUUCCGGGCACAGAGUCAAAAGGAGACUUCGCUGACAAAUACCAUGGGUGGAUACAAAGAAAGCUUUAGCAGUAUAUUGUGCUUUGGGUGUCUUGACGUCUAUUCCCAGGGAAGCUUGGGGAUGGAUAUACAUGUAUCAGAUCUGAAUCUGCUUACAAGGAGGAAACUGAGUCGGCUUCUGGACCCACCUGAUCCCAUGGGCAAGGACUGGUGCCUUCUUGCCAUGAACUUGGGCCUUCCUGAUCUUGUGGCAAAAUACAACACGAACAAUGGGAAUCACCAUGACUUCAUAUCAAGCCCAUCCUAUGCCCUUUUGCAUGAAUGGGGAAAUUCCCCUGAAAGUACUGUGGGCAUCCUCAUGUCCAAACUGAGGGAACUGGGCCGCAGGGAUGCCGCUGACUUUUUACUGAAAGCAUCCUCCGUGUUUAGAGUCAGUCUAGACGCAAAUGGCCAAGAAGCCUAUGCUUCGAGCUGUAACAGUGGGACAUCGUACAAUUCAAUUAGCUCAGUUGUGUCUCGAUGAAAGUGAAUUCCAGAAAACGCACAUUUUUCUAAUCAUAAAUGGUAAGGAAGGGUUCUGUAUGGCAGUUUUCUACAUAUUGAUAAGUGUCUACAUUUAUGGCUUGCCACCAUUCUCCAGCAUUGCUUUUAAAUGACCAAUCUACUUUUUAACUGUGACUUGUUGCUCUUAUUUUAGUUCUAAAAGGCUGGCGUACUUCUUGUAUUUUACAGUUCUGAUUAUCCAUUGUGCUGCUUAAAUAGUCAUUUUACAUGGAAAGACUCCAGCAUUUUAAUAACCAAGAGGGGUUUUUUUUAAAACAAAAACAAAAACAAAACAAGAAAUACUUUUUCUUGACAGAAGAUGACAAUGUAAUGUGAUUAAAGCUCAUUUCUUAUGUCCUUAUUUUUAUUCAUUGUGCUUGUUUAAUUUUUUUUUUUAAAAAAAGAAAUAUUUAUAGCAAAACAAUGCUAGUCUGUUUGGAUUUUAAUACCAAGCUUAGGAACAAAAAAGCGAGUGCCUUUUGCAGAAGAUAAUGUGGUUAAAAUCAAGUGAUCCUGUUGAAGCUGUAAGACAAUGCUACCUCUAUUUCACUGUCUGCAUGCUGGUUGUUACAACUGGUGCUUGCCUUUGUGUUUUCCUGAAGUUUCAAGAUAUUAGGUAAUAUGGCGUUCGUUCCGAUAAAGAGCUCUCAUGUUGGAUACCAUGAGAGCAGAAACAUGUAAGACAUUAUCCGUUUUUAUUUCCGUUGAAGUGGAAUGAAAACUUUUAAAACCCAUGACCUUGCACCUUCCAUUAUUUCCACAUAUCUCAGGUAAAGGUUUGACACAAAUGUAAAGUUCACCAAGGCACAUAUACAAGUGUUAGCUAAAUGGACUUAUUCUGUAUUAAACAGUGAUCGUUUGUGAGAAAAAGCAAAUGGUUUCACUUUCAGAUACUAGUGUGCUUAUUUCUUAUACUUGAAGGUUUUGCUUUUUUUUAAAAUCAAGGAAAGCAAGAAUUCCUUGCAGUGAGAGAACUUCAAAUUGGUAUGAGGGAACAAGACCAUUUCUUCUGUUCUAAAAAGCAUGUAAUUUUAAUGUGUAUAUACAUAUAUAGUGUAUGUAUAUAUAUUAAUAUGGCUUUCCUUAAUCUUUGUUGUAGUAAAAUUUAAAAGGAUUUUUUUACAAAUAAACUGUUGCCUAUUGCAACUUUUUCAUCACAA